AUGAUUAAAUAAGAAAGAAUGGGUUAAUUUUAAAAUAAUUUUGUCUGGUUGCUUUACAUGGUAUAAAAUGAUUUUUAAUAUAUUUUUAGGGAAUUUUAUUGAUAUAGAAUGGAAUUGAUUUGAGUUGUCGAAAUUAUUUCAAAGAUAAUUGCCUUUAUUUAUUAACCUAUAUUCCCUCCAACAUUCACUACUUAAAAUUCAUCAAAAAAUUAGUCUGGAAAUUCUAAACAAUUAUAUCAUAAUAUCUAACUCCUUCUUGA